CCCUGUGCCCUCUCCCUGUGCCCUGUGCCCUGUGCCCUGUGCCUUCUCCAGCUUCCCGUGUCCUGUGCCCACUCCCUGUGCCCUCUCCAGCUUCCCGUGUCCUGUGCCAGUUCUGCCAGCGGUGCCCGCUGCUGUGCCCGCUGGCCUUCUCCGAGAGAGCAUGCUGGGCUGCGGGUGGGUUGUGCUGUGGCUGGCGGGGGUGUGGUGGCGGGCCGCUGGGGUGUCGGGGCUGGACUUGUGCCCCUUUGGUUCCGCCUCCUCGGUCAACUUCACCGUGCCGUACCCCAUGCCAGUCUACCAGGCGGCCGGGCCCAUUCAGAACAUGGUGCCCAACGAGCAGUACCAGGAGGUGUACGUGGCGUCGCAGAACCAGAUCGUGGCGCUAAACGGCAGCCUGGUGCCAACGUGGCGCCUCCGCACGGGUCCAGUGGGGGGCGCGGAGUGCCCGCUGUGCCGCCUGUGCCCGCUGGCUGACCCCGCCCUCCCGGAGAACACGGACAGCCAGGUGCUGCUGCUGGACCCCUUCCUGAUGUACCUGUACGCCUGCGGCAGCUCCCAGCAUGGGGUCUGCUACUUCCACCAGCUGCACGCUGGACACCGGCCGCACCCCUCGCGCUGCCUGUUCCGUAGCGAGCGCAACUCGCCGGCCGCUUGUCCCGACUGCAUCGCCAGCCCGCUGGGCACGCGCGUGGCCAUGGUGGAGGAGGGCCAGACCGUCUACUUCUUCGUGGCGGCGACGGUGAAUGACAGCGUGACGCAGCGCUACGGACGGAAGUCCAUCUCCGUGCGCCGGCCGCUCUGGACGGAGGACGGUUUCCACGGCGACGUGCAUGGCCUGACGGUGCUGCCGGAGCUGCGGCAGAGCUACUCCAUCCGCUACGUCUACAGCUUCCACACCGACGAGUUCGUCUACUUUGUAUCCGUCCAGCGCGAGAGCCCCGAGCUGGACGCGUCGCCCUUCCAGACCCGGCUCGGACGCCUGCCCCGGCACGAGUGGGAGACGCGGCGCUACCGCGAGGUGGUGCUGGAGUGCCGCUUCGAGCCCAAGAGGAGGCGCAGGAGGAGACGCAGCAGGAGGCAGGGCGAGCCCGAGGGGAGACGCGGGAGGAGACGCAGCAGGAGGCAAAGCGUGCCCAAGGACGUGGUGUACAACGUGGUGCAGGCGGCGCACUUCGGCAAGGCCGGCCGCGAGCUGGCCGAGGAGCUGGGCACUGAGGAGAAGGACGGCAUCCUGUACGGCGUGUUUGCCGUGACGGACGACACGGGUGUCCCUGACCACGACUCGGCGCUCUGCGCCUUCCCCAUGGACUCGGUCAACAAGGCCAUCGAGGACGGCGUAGAGCUCUGCUGCAAAUCGGGCCCCGAACAACUGUCCAGGGGCCUGUGCCACUUCCAGCCCUGCGAGAGCUGUCCACACGAGAGCAUGGAGAACAACGCCACGUGUAAGGACCAGCCCACCAUGGUGUCCAAGCCCUACUACAGGGUGGACCUGUUCAACAGAGAGAUGACCAGUGUGCUGCUCACCGCUCUGCUCGUCACCACCAUCCAGAACAAGACCGUCGCCCACAUCGGGACAUCAGAUGGACGCCUUCUACAGCUGGUUCUGAGGAGGUCCAGUCCGGUCAUCUUUGCCAACUACUCCCUGGUGGAAAACCAACCGGUCUCCAUGGCAGCGGUCUACUCCAACAACUCACUGCUCUUCGUUGUGGGAGACAAGAUGGUCCAGGUGCCCCAGCGCGGUCCCGGCUGUAGCCACUUCCUGUCGUGUGCCGCCUGCUUGAUGGCGCCGCGCUUCAUGGGCUGUGGCUGGUGCUCAAGCCGCUGCUCCUGGGAGGCGGAGUGCCACGCCCACUGGAGGAACGAGUCCUGCCCACCUGGCAUCACUGAGUUUUUCCCCAAGACAGCACCCCCUGAUGGGCAGACAGAACUGACGCUGUGUGGUUGGGGAUUCCAGUCCCCACCCCGUCCCGCUAUCAGCGCUAAAACUCACGAGGUGCGUCUUGGGGAGACGCCAUGCCACGUACAGCCCAAGGACAGCAGCAGCACACGCCUAGUGUGUAAGAUCCGGUCCGGCUCAUCCCAGCUCUUCAGGCCGGUCACGGCGAUGGUGAGAGUGGACGAGGAGAAGGCAGAGGGAAGCUACUUCAUCAACGGCACUGCAGAGAUGCCCGGCUUCACCUUCGUGGUUCCUGACAUCACGCAGGUGCACCCUGACUACGGGCCAGUGGACGGCGGGACGCCCAUCACCGUGACAGGACCUCACCUGGACGCCGGCAAGACCAGGAGGGUCACUCUGGACGGAGAGGCCUGUCCAGUGGAGAGUGUGUUUGCGGUUGGGGAGAACGUGUGGUCCAUCGUGUGUGUGUCCCAGCCGGUCAGUGAGGUGCGGGACGUGGUCCUGCGCGUCUACAUCGAUAAGUCGCACGUCCAGACCACCAAGAUCUUUCGCUACAAGGAGACGCCCCAGAUCACCGACGUCCGACCGGACUGCAGCUUCGAUCGUGGUUCCAGAAUCACUAUUGAAGGACAAAAUCUGGAUUCUGUGUACCGCACCAUCAUCCACUUCAAGCCCAACGAGAUCCACCUGAAGCCAGUUUCCAUAGAGUGUCUGGGUAAGGCACAGCCAACGCAGAUGGAGUGUGUGACACCAGAGUUUCCGCAUGACGAGUCGGAGUCGGGCGAGCUGACCCUUGACAUGGAUGGAGCCCGCGGGCUUUGGAGGGGAGACUUCCACUACCACCCGUACGGCAGCCCCAUCCCCUUCGAGACCGAGGGCCACAUCCUGCGCCUGUACCCUGGCCUGGACGAGGUCUCCCUGCAUCACCAAAAGCUCAACCAUGUAAAUUCCUGCAUGACCAUCACAAUGACGGUGGGCGGAGUGGACUGUGGUGCCAAGGUUCUGGAUAAUGAGAUCACCUGCCGCAUCCCAAAGAACCUGACCAUCCCCAGUGAAGGCCUGCCAGUGAAGGUGUAUAUCAAUGGGCAGGAGCAGGACGUGGGCACGGUCAUCCUGGUGUCCAACCACUACAUGGUGGGCAUUGGCCUGGGCAUCGUUGCCGCACUGGUUGCCGGGGCGGUGUUGGCUUUCGCCGUCAUGAAGCACCUGAGGAAGAAGAAGAAAGGGGGCGUAGUGGAGAGCCAUUUGGCCCAACUGUCCCACAACCACAACAGAAAUAGCAGUCUGGACACGUCCCCUCCCGGAGAUUACAGACGAGUGGCACCCCUGUCGUCCCCCCUGGGUGUGAGUCGGCCGGUGGGGUAUCCUGGGCUGGCAUACGCGGGCAGCCUGGACCCAGCUCUCACCCCCCUGAUGCCCCAGGAGAACAUCAGCACGUCCAGCCUGCGGCCAGAACUACUAGAGGAGGUCAAGAACGUCCUCAUUCCCACCCAGACCCUCAACGUGCACCGGCACCACGUCAUCGGCAAGGGUCACUUUGGGACAGUGUAUCACGGCUACCUGAAGGACCAGAGCGGCCACGAGGUCCACUGUGCGGUCAAGUCCCUCAACAGGAUCACUGAUGUGGAGGAGGUGGAGCAGUUCCUGAAGGAGGGCAUCAUCAUGAAGGCUCUGCACCACCCCAACGUGCUCUCCCUGCUGGGCAUCCUGCUGCCUGAGGAGGGGCUCCCCCUAGUGGUGCUACCCUACAUGAAGCACGGAGACCUGCGCCACUUCAUCCGCUGUGAGAAGAGGAGUCCCACUGUAAAGGACCUGAUUGGCUUUGGCCUGCAGGUUGCCAUGGGGAUGGAAUAUUUGGCACAGAAAAAGUUUGUUCACAGAGAUCUGGCCGCAAGGAACUGCAUGCUGGAUGAGUCCUACACAGUGAAGGUGGCGGACUUUGGCAUGGCUCGGGACGUGUUUGAUAAGGAGUACUACAGCGUGCAGGAUCACAAGAAGGCCAAGCUGCCCGUCAAGUGGAUGGCCAUCGAGAGCCUCCAGACUCAGAAGUUCACCUCCAAAUCAGACGUGUGGUCAUUCGGCGUCUUGCUAUGGGAGAUGUUGACCCGGGGAGCGAGUCCUUAUCCUGAGGUUGACCCCUAUGACAUCACACACUACCUGCUGAAGGGACGGAGACUUCCGCAACCACAAUACUGCCCUGACCCCCUAUACGCAGUGAUGCUGCGCUGUUGGGAUCCAGAGGCCGACCGGCGACCCUGUUUCACCUCGCUGGUUGCCGAGGUGAUGAGCAUCUUGUCGGGGCUGGAGGGGGAGCACUACAUCAGCCUCAACGUCACCUACGUUAACCUGGACCAGCCGCGGCCGUACCCUGCCCUGACCGACUCUGCUGACGAGCAGGACAACUCAGACGCCGAGUCCACGUAGCCACCCACCACUCAACACAUCUCCUAGCAACAAAGGGUCUGAAGUCAAGCCAUCAUGAAAGAGAUUAUUUAUAAAAGCAUCAAGCCGUGUGUGUGUUGGGGGGGUGGGGUGCUUGGUGCUUACUGUGAGCUGUGUGUGUGUGUGUGUGUGUGUGUGUGUGCUUAGCGUAAGCAGUAGGCCAUGUGUGUGUACACACCUCCCAACACACUGCUGAGAGGCAGCACAGACACACACACACUGCUGAGAGGCACAGAGUUGUUUUCAGUCAUUUAUAAAACUAAGCUUGUCAGAUUUUUCUAUUUGAAGAAAAUAAAAUCCCUUCUUAAUGUGUGUGUAUAUUUUGCACAAUACAAUUGAGCAAGUCUGUGUAAAUGAUAGUAAAUAUUGCCUGGAUUUCUGUGUCUAGUGAUACGUUGCUAUACAGUUAUAUUGUGGAACUUAAUAAAUAAAACAUUUUUAUUAAAUGUUGAAGGUUAACAAAUGUGUGGUUUUGGGCUUUCUGCUUCAUCACUUGAUGUAACCCUCUAUUGCAUGAAUGAUCACCUACUGUAUACCUUAAAAAUAUGUU